UCUUGAUAAUAUUAUAAUAGAAUGUACCUAUCUGUAGAGAACAGAUAAGCAUUUAUAGUAGGGAGAUAAAUUGUAUAAAUAUUGCAUUAUAUUAUAAUUUUACUUUCAUUUUAAUAAAAUAUCUAUUCGAAAACACGUGCUUCUAUCGCAAUGAGUGAAAAAUACAAGCCGAGUGAAAGUGAACCCGAAAUUGCCUUCGAAGAUGUGUUGAACGCUGAAAUUGGACAAUUUGGAAAAUACCAAAUAAUUAAUUUAUUAUUACUAACAAUACCAUCCAUGGCAUCUGCAUUUAUGGCCGCGGAUUACAUAUUUACAGCUGCUCGCCUUCCUCACCGAUGUGCUAUACCGGAAUGUGAUGGAUCUCAACCGAUUUAUGAACCUGCUUGGCUAGAAAACGCUAUUCCGUUUGACUCGUCAGGUUUCGACGACUGCAACAGAUACGCCAGUAUUGUCAACAUUACUGAGUUAACAGACAAUUGUCCUGCGGAAUUGUUUGACAAAAAUACUACAAUACCUUGUGAAAGUUACGUGUUUUUAAAAACGAACUCUGUUGUGUACGAUUUUGACUUGGCUUGUAAAGAAUGGUUGCGUGCGUUGGCUGGAACUUUGAAUAGCCUAGGUGCUAUGAUUGCUCUCCCACUAGCUGGGUACAUUUCAGAUCACUUUGGACGCCGUGUUUCAAUAGUAUUUUUUGCCUUUAAUUUAGCAUUAACAGGUUUUAUACGUUCGUUCUCUGUAAACUAUACAAUGUACGUGACAUUUCAAUUCUUGCAAACUGCUAUUGGAGGUGGAGUCUUUAGUGCUGCCUAUAUUUUAGCUGCCGAAAUAGUAGGCCCUAAAUUCAGGGUAUUAACGAGUGCAACCAUGUCCUCUCUCUUUGGAUUUGGCCAGGUACUUGUAGGAUUAAUUGCCUCUGCUAUCCAUGAGUGGCGUCACUUUAGUUUAACUAUAUCUACGCCAGUUUUUCUUCUUGUUUCAUAUUACUGGAUAGUUACAGAGAGUUACCGCUGGCUGCUAAGUAAAAAUAAACAGGAUGAAGCUAGAGCGACUCUAGAAAAAGCAGCUAGACUAAAUAGAAGGACGAUAUCGGAGAAAACCAUGAAUUAUUUGCUUACAGCCAUACCUAAGCAAAUUGAAGAAAGUAAGAGAACAGAUAAAGAUGAAAACUUAUUUCUACGUGUUAUAAAAUCGAAAGUAAUGUUACGUAGAUGUUGUACAACUCCUAUUAUGUGGAUUACAACAACAUUUAUUUAUUAUGGAUUAUCCAUAAAUUCUGUUAGUUUAUCUGGUAAUAUGUAUAUAAAUUACAUAGCAGUAGUUGCUAUAGAGAUACCCGGAUUUUGGACAGCUGUGUUAAUUUUAGAUAGAAUCGGUCGCAGAAUUACCAUCUUUGGUGGUUAUUUUCUAUGUGGUCUUUGUUGUAUCGGUUUUGCGUUCACACCCCGAGAUAUGCAUGGCUUAUCAAUGUUUUUGUUUUUGUUUGGUAAAUAUUGUACGGGUCUUGUUUUCACUUCAUUGUAUCUUUACACGUCUGAACUGUACCCAACAAGACACCGACAUUCUUUCUUAGGUUUUUCAUCAAUGGUCGGUCGCGUUGGAUCUGUAUUAGCGCCACUCACGCCUCCACUAGCAGUUUAUUGGACGGGAAUACCUUCAAUGUUGUUUGGUAUAAUGUCUAUUAUCGCUGCUAUAUUAGUGCUUACACAACCCGAAACGCAUGGACUGAAAGUUCCCGAUACAUUUGAAGAUGCGGAGCAAUUGGGAAAAUCUUAAUAUUAUCUGACAGUUCUAGAAUAAAAUUAUUAUAAGUUUAUAUUUUUAUAAAAAAAAAUCUUUUUUAAUAUAUUGUUGAAUAUUGUGAGAAUACUGCAUUAUAAUUAUUUAUGCCGGUUUUACCUUAAUUAAUAAAUAUAUAGUAUGUAUUUUCAUAUUUUACUGCCAUCUCUCUGAAACUAAAUAAAAAACUAAGGUAUAUCGAGUUCUAAUUACCCAUUCAGUUUGAUUGUAAAUGUUUAGAUGGCGCUUAUAAACUGAAAUCCUGAAUAUUCUCUGUCUGAAAAUUGUACAUUGUCUACGUGCAGCUUCAUAGUAACACAGAAUAUUACUAGAUGGCAGCACAAUCCAUAAUAAAUUCAAGGUUAUAAUAUUUUCAAAUAGUAAGUAUAUUAAAGUUUUAUUAAAGCAAAUAAGUAGGUACUUUUAAAUUGAGUAUUAAAUUAUCUGAUUGAAUUAAGUAUUAUAUUUUAACUGUUAUAAUAAAUAAAUAUUAAUUAACCACAAUCAACUCUCUACCUACACAUCUCUUCUAUACAAUUAAUUUAAACUUUAAUGCGAUCUACUGAAUUAAAGAAUAUCGUACUUGCA